UUGACUCCCAUGCAGCCGGGGAAGGCCAGAUCUGCAGACAGCUGGAUAGAUUCUCCAGGGGAAACAGAGGCACCAGGACAACCAGCAAUGAAGACAAGACUGAGUCCAGGCCUCCUGCUGCUGAUUUUCCUCUUGCCGGCCUGCCUGGCCGCGGCCGGGAGAGAGACGCCGUACGAGAAGUUCCAAAGGCAGCAUGUGGACACCUCCGGGAGCUGGGAGCCCGACCCCAACCGCUACUGCAAUCUCAUGAUGCCGCGGAGGAACAUGACGGUGUCCUUCUGCAAAGAUCUCAACAGCUUCAUACACGGGGCGCUGGCAGUGAUAACCGCUGUCUGCGGCUCAGGGGGGACAUGGCAUCACGGGGACUUUUACUACAGCAACUCUCCCUUCCAGGUCACGGACUGCCAGACAACGGGAGCAUCCCGCUGGCCCCACUGCAUUUACAGGGGAGACGGCCGCAGUAGGAGAAUUUGUGUCGCCUGCCAAAAUGGGCAGCCUGUGCACUACGCCCGGCCGUCAGUGUGCGGCGGCCCGUGAGCCGUGAGGCGGACAUACAGCCCUGCAGCUCCCCUGGGCUUUGGCAAUGCUGGCAGCCCUGGGCGCUCGUAGCUGCCGGACGCCAUCCCCAUCCUCCUCCCCAACAGAGUAUUUGGGCACCUCAUUGGGGACAGCAACGAAGACUGUUGUUCCUUUUUCUAUGGCAAUUUAUAACUGCCCCCUCCCCAGCCUGAACUGGCUGCUGCCCCCUAGUGACCAUUAUACAGUAUAGCCGCCCCUUCCCCACCCCCACCCUCUGCU